AUGUUCGCAUGCAUCCAAGCAAACGUGGUUCCAAGGGCGCAGGGCUCAAGAAACAAAGAAGGGAGGGCGGACCACAUCGGUACAGCCGGCCUGGUCUACGAGCACUUCGCGGCGGACAACCCUACGAUCAUAACCUCUAAGCGCAUCCGGGCCAAGAUUAAGGCCAGGGACGACCGCGGAGACCCCACCAGCAUCCACGGCAACAACCGGGGUGUCCCUAUCCCACAGAAGCUGGACGAGGCUGACUACAGGGAGCUGCAAGUGGGAGGGCUGCGGUUCGAGGUGCGAAAACUACACGCUCACGAGAGGGGAGACUUGGUCGUGUUCCUCGACAAGAACCUUCCUGAGAACGCAGCUGAAGGCUACGACAUGGACGUCCUCGUUGGCGGGCACCUUUCUCGGAUGGGGACCAAGGCGGACGUGCAGCUCAACAAAGACUUCUAUGACGACGUUCUCAAAGGCGCCAGGACGGGUGUCACGACAGUUUCGGUGGCGGAUGUCAUUUCCGGCACCGGAGUGUUCGACCCUUCCAAUCCUAACGCGGGCAACCUCUGGCUCAUCAACAACGAGCUCAUCGACCGGCACGUGGACGUGUGCGAGGCCUACGUGCUCGACUCCGUAUCUCGCGGUCGAGACUGGCUUGCCGAAAUGGGCGGUUUGGAUGUCACGCUCCGCUCGCAGUGCUGGGCUGUAGCUGCAUACAUUCGCAUCGGCUGA